AAAGCUUGUCCUUCAUCCCGACUACUGAGUUGCAUCUACUGUAUCUACGGGUUCUGAAAGUAUUGAUGUCUGGAAGAUCCUGACCAUUCAUCUCUUCGUCCGACACCUCUCGCAAAACUCUCACGGUUCCUUUCGUCGGGAAUUAUACUUACUGGACAGUGGACACAGAUCCUUUCAAUGUAGGGGGAUCUGACUCAAGAUUUCAUCUCGAUCCGAUCAUUGGCGUCGGAAAGAAAAUAUCGGGGAGGAACCAGGCAGGUUUUCCUCCUUAUAAGGAUUAUAUAUGUCUAUGCGUUACAUUUGGACCACAAUUUAAUGAAGUCUCUUCAAUCAAGGAGCACGCGGGAGUUGGUAAAUUUGGCCGGGCAGCUGCCUGUUCAAGCGUGCGUCAUACUCGUUGGCUUGACUUUCAGAGCACAAGUACAUGGGAUGGGCCAUUCAAAUGAUCGCAACCGCCGCAGUGUUACCACUAUGCUCAGGAAAUAGACACAGAACACAUGGGCAUGAGCUUCAAAGGAUGCACGUUGUCGUUUCGAUCAGGUGUUUUGCAAGUACUAUGAUCUGUCUCUCUUACCGCCCUUCUGUCUCUAUAGGUUAUGUGAAAAUUCGUCGAAAAAUGAUGCGAAUCACUUUCCAUCUCAUCGGUCCCAAGUAAACCCAAUCUUGAACGAAAAAAUAACUCAAAAGAUCCCCUUAUUUCGCCUAAAUACCAUGAAGACUCAAGGCACUGUACAGUAUGGGCUCGACGAAGGAAUAUGCGACCAAAAACCUGUUUGGAGAUGCCAGAGCUCGGCUGAAUAAGACAACGAGCAAUUUCAUGCGCAAGUUCCAGCUGCAGACUCUAACCAUCUGUCAUCCCUCGAUUUUUCCCCGUGAUUGAUGGGAUUUUUGGUCAGACGGGUGCGGCGCACAUGAAGUCGUCCUGUUGCGAGAAAUGUGCAUCCAAAGCAAUGAGAUCCUCCAUGAUUUGCUGUCCGGGUGAGGACCAGAUGUUUUCGGUAUCACCAGCAAAUCAUAUCAACGAUAUUCUUGGACGUGUGCAAAAACUGGCUUGUGGCCGCAAGGUCAGAUUACCAGCUCGUAUCAUCACGACCCUCGCAGGAUGGAAGGAACAUCAAGCACGAAGUGAUGCUACCCUGAGCUUCUAAAUUUCAAAUGCACCCUGGCCAUAAAUAAUUUCGCAAUCUCUACUCAUUCUCACGUCGUACUGGCUAUCGUCGGCCUUUCAACCUUCGCAUGUGCGAGCGUGUGGUGAAUGCUCGAUCGUUCUUUGUAAGGCCUUGCAAGACAACUAUGGGAACGUUUCUCACAGGAUCAUGCGUCCAUUACAACUUCCUUCAGCACGAAAGGGCUGGGACGACCCGGUGCCAAAAAAAGGCUUUGUUGUUCAUCUCGGAAUCACAUUGAAGUAACAGUCUUGAAGACCUCUACUUGUGGUGAAUUGUAUCAGAUAAAAAGAGAAUGGAUGCUAGUUACAAAUUUUCAGGAUACUCAGCGUCCCUGCUUGUCCCCUUUGUAGUCGGAUAUCACCCCAGGCCUUGGACAUCAUGGUUUCCUUCAACAAGUUCUUCUCCACUGUCCUCCUCGCUGUCUUGUACGCGACGCACGCGACCGCCGCUCCCUGGCCCCUGUCCUCAAAACACAGCACGCAUCGCAUCAGACACAUUGGCCGUGAUUUAAAGGUCGAAGCCUUCCAUCCCCAAUCCGACUUCAAGACCUUCGGAGAUGGGAUUGACCUGCCCGCAUCAUUUGGGUCAGCCACCAUUGGCGACAAAACUGUUUCGUUCGUCUCGUCGCAGUUGAACAUUGACGCCUCGAAAGUAUCCUUCAAAUCCGGUUAUGAAAAUGGAGUCGGGGAAGUCGCAUAUGCUAGGCAAACCCAUGAUGAUAUUCCCUUCGUCAACGCCGUCGCCAAUGUGGCCUUCAAGGACAACAAGGCUGUUGCUUUCGGAAAUUCUUUCGUUGACACUAGCAAGAUUGCUAGUUCAUCCCCGAGCAUCGACGUUAACACCGUUAUCCCCAAGGUCGAAGAGGCGCUUGAGGGCAAAAUCAACGACAUCAAGCCCACUGUAGAGUAUCUUGCCCUUCAAGAUGGAACGGUUGCUCUCGUUCACGUCUUCCAAGUCCAGAACGAGGAAGUCGGAACGUUCUACGAGGCCUACGUCGAUGCUCACUCUGGCAAUCUACUCUCUGUUACCGACUUUGUUGCUGAGGCCACGUACAAAGUCCUUCCCGUUUGGAAGGAGAUCAUCACUGAGGGCCUCGAAGUACUAGCAGACCCGCAGAACACUGCCUCUUCCCCACAGGGAUGGCACAGUGGCAGCACCGUGGUGACUGCAGGCAACAAUGUGGUCGCUUUCAAAGGCACACAAUCGGCGACUACUGCCCAGGCCAACUUCCAAUCCACUUACAGUCCAACUGUCGGUCCUACAGCUGGCCAGAACCUGGAUGCCGCCCGUACGAACGCAUUCUACCUUAUCAACUCGCACCACGAUGUUCUUUACCAAUACGGAUUUACGGAAAGUGCAUUCAACUUCCAAACCGACAACUUCGGAAAGGGAGGAGCUGGGAAUGACCGAGUCCUCAUGAGUGUGCAAGAUAGCUCUGGAACCAACAACGCCAACUUUGCUACCCCACCUGAUGGUCAAUCCGGAACUUGCAGGAUGUUCAUCUGGACUCUGACCAAUCCUAACCGUGAUGGUGCCAUGGAGAACGAUAUUCCUCUGCAUGAAAUGACACACGGUCUCAGCAACCGAUUGACCGGCGGAGGUACUGCACGAUGCUUGCAGACCUUGGAAGCCGGUGGUAUGGGUGAAGGAUGGUCCGACGCUCUUGCUGAUUGGUUUUCGCAUUCCGAUACUUCCGCUGUUAGCGACUUUACGAUGGGUCAAUGGGUCACGAAUGACCCGGCUGGUAUCCGAUCACACCCUUAUUCCACGUCUGCAACGACCAACCCUCUCAGGUACUCUUCGAUUGCUCAACUCGACGAGGUCCAUGACAUCGGAGAGGUCUGGGCGAACAUACUUCACAACGUCUACGCUGCCCUUGUCGGCGCACACGGAUGGUCCGCUAACGCUCGCACCAACGCCAACACUGGCGAAGGCAACGUUGUUUUCCUUCGUUUGUUGGUUGAUGCUCUCGCCAUCCAACCAUGCAACCCCACUCUCCCCACCGCUCGAGAUGCCUGGAUCCAGGCUGAUGUGAACAGAUUUGGUGGUGCGAACAAGUGCACUUUGUGGAGGGCCUUUGCCAGCCGUGGUCUUGGUGUUGGUGCUGCCAACCAUGUUGAUUCUACGGCUGUUCCUUCUGGAUGCUGA